AUGAAUGCUUUGAUCGACGUCGACGUCACUCAUCCGGACAUUGUUCGUCUUCCCGUGUGUAGCCCUGAAAAGGCCUAUCAGGCAUGGGACACUGGCAAGCCGGGCACUAUCCCCUUCUAUCCGUGCGAGCCACCCGCGGGCAGAAAAACAUGUGGUGAUUCGAGCUUCGAGAAUGAGACGAGCGACAAGUCUCCAUUAAUCAAGGACUGUUUGGACAUCAUCAAAAACAUUGACACUACAUUAGUUGGUGUACUGAGGCAAAGACAGAUUGUCAACUCUGGUUCAUAUGCCCUUGGAGUGGAGGCUACGAAGGCUGAUAGAAAUGCCGACUUUGUCGUUGGUGGUCAGGAUGUCAUCAACAUCAUCAACACCGCUAUUGGUAAGUAUGGCAAGAAUGACAAGAUAGGUGCCGUGGGUAACAUGGAUUGCACUGGUACCGUCAAGAAGGAAUCUAUUCACUAG